ACAUUCAUGUUCAUUAAUUCGUGUAUGAUAUAAAGUGAAGACACGAGGGUACAUGAAUGUUCACUUCUACGUUGCGCAAUUUCAAGCCAUCAAUUCGAUGACACUUCUUUAUACUUGUAACCACCACCGAGAAAUCGCCAGUUAAACCCUGGAAUUGAUAUGAGCCCGGUUGGUUCUCCAUUAUUCAGGAACAAUGAGGAUGUCAAGAACUCAUGCUUGCAUGAGAAAGAUCGCAUCUUUAUCAAAUUUGGUGAACAAGAAAGCCGGGUUAGGCUCUGGCUCAAGAUUGGUCUCUGCUGAAAGUGGGAGAAGCGAUGAUUUUGGUGAAGUAUUGAGUAAAGGGAAGAGAUUCGCAGCUGUUUGGGGCAAUGGAGAUUUUGGGAGAUUGGGAUUAGGCAAUUUGAAGUCGCAGUGGAGGCCUAAGCCUAUUUUGCCAUCCGCUUUUGGUGAUCAGAGUUUGAAGGAGGUCGCUAGUGGUGGUGCUCACACACUUUUCCUCACUGAAAAUGGAGAUGUUUAUGCUACUGGACUCAAUGACUUCGGACAGCUAGGCAUAUCAGAGACACAAGAUUAUUCGACUGAGCCUCACAGGGUUUCCAGUAUUCCUAAGAGGAUUGUUAAAAUUUCAUCUGGAUAUCACCAUUCAGCUGCCAUUACAGAGGAUGGUGAACUCUAUUUAUGGGGAAAGAAUGCAAAUGGUCAACUUGGCCUUGGAAAAAAGGCACAAAGGAUUGUUCCUCUUCCCUGUAAAGUUCAAUGCUUGGAUGGAGUCGCAAUUAGAACGAUAUCUUUGGGGUUUGAACACUCAAUUGCUAUCACAGACAACGGUGAAGCUCUGAGUUGGGGAGGAGGAGAGUCUGGAAGGCUUGGUCAUGGACAUGAAUCAAGCAUUUUGGGGUUUCAGAAGAGCAGCAGAGAGUAUACACCACGUCUAAUUAAGAGUCUUGAGGGAGUACAGGUCAAAAGUGUUUCUGCUGGAAUGCUGCACUCUGCCUGUAUCUCUGAAGAUGGCUCUGUUUAUGUUUUUGGUGAAAAAGAAUUAGGAAAAUGGGGUUUUGGAAAAGCAAAGAAUGUGACAACACCAUCUACAAUUAGCACACUCCCAUUUUCUGAUGAAGUCGCUUGUGGUGCUUAUCACACCUGCGUAAUUACAAAUGGCGGGGAACUGUACUCAUGGGGAUCCAACGAGAAUGGCUGUCUAGGCAUUGGGUGCACAAAUGUCAGUUAUUCACCUGAAAGAGUCCAAGGUUCGCUGUUGACUCAACCAGUUAUCAAGGUGUCCUGUGGUUGGAAGCACACAGCAGCAGUUUCUGGAGGCCACGGUUACACUUGGGGCUGGGGUGGUUCAAACGGAACUUUUCAAGAUGAUGGGCAUUCACCAGGAGGACAGUUGGGUCAAGGUGAUGACAUUGACUACGUCGAACCAAUGCUGCUCGACUUUCAUAAGAGCGUUAAAGCUUUAGAAGUAUCUUGCGGAUUCAAUCACACUGCUGGCAUCUUUGAAUUAUCAAACUAAGGACCUGCGCGUCAUUUCAUAGAACGCGUCGUCCCUUGCUUAUCAUCACAAGAUUUUGAGGGGAGAUUUCGUUGUUGUGAUAUCUGCUCAAGUAGAGUCAUGGAUGAAGCAGAAUAUACACGGUUCAGGUCAGUCGCCACGGUUUCCCAUUAAUUUAGUUAAAAUCGGAUUAUUCGACUUCAAAUAUCACUUACGUGUCUAUAAAUUUGAAAAAUAAAGAGAAAUAAAAAGUAAAUGUGAAAGAUUUGUGAUCGUACCAAUCUGGUUCUGUUUAUGAGUUUUAUCUGUAUAAGGCCAUGUUGUACUUUAAUGUAUAUUAAGAGUUGUACCAUUAUUUGUGUUUGCAUUCUUGUCGGAUAUAUUGUAAACAACAAAAUUAUCGUCUUCCCCAACGCUUUGAAAUAUUUCUUUUUCGGUCAA